UUAAACUCAGUAUAGCGGUGAAUUUCAACAAAAGACAAAGUUUAAGAAAAAUAUAUAAAAAAAUCAUACAAAAAGUACGCAAGGUUUUUUAUUUAAAGAAAAUCAUACAAGAAAAUAAUUAAAAAUUAUAAAAACUAAUGGUAGAUAAGAUUACCAACAACAAGAAUUUAAAUAUUUAAAUUAAAAAACAGACAAUUUAAUGAAUUAAAAAUUUUUAAUAAAAGUGAUAAUAAACUGGACUAGAUAGACAGACUACUUAAUAAUAAAAAGUUUUUCAAAUAAAAAAAAAUAAAAAAUUUAUAAAAAAAAUCCCUUUAAGGGAAAUUUAAAUCUGCAACAAAGUCAACAAACAUUUGAACAAUGUAUGUUGCAAACUCCACUGGUGGUCUGAUGUUGCAGACCAUGCUGUAUUUAGCCAAUCAUACCAGCCGAGCUGCUGUAAAUACACUAAUUGAUCUACCUCCAGCCCCCAAAAGUGAUCCCAAUGAAGUGAAAUGUUAUGGUGUGUAUGGCUGCUUUCCUUUAAAUGGUCCCUGGACUGCCAAGACCCGACAAAUUAAUGUACAUCCCCAGAAGCCUUCACAAAUUGAGCCUCAUUACACUUUGUAUACCUCGAGAGCUUUUGAUCAGCCCAAAUAUAUAGAUUUAAAUGAUCCCGAAGCUGUGCAACACAUGGGCAUUAAUCCCAAAGGCAAGAUAUUCUUUUUUUCACAUGGCUAUUUGGAGGCGGGAAAUAUACCUUGGAUGAUUGAAAUGGCUAAAACGAUUUUAAGUCAUGAGCCCGAGGGUGAAGCAGCUGUUGUACUCAUAGAUUGGGGUGGUGGUUCCAGUCCUCCCUAUGUCCAGGCUGUAGCCAAUAUCCGUUUAGUGGGUGCCAUUACCGCUCAUGUCAUACACAUGGUUUACGAAGAACUGGGCUUAAGCGAUCUAAGUAAUUUCCAUUUCAUUGGUCAUUCUUUGGGCUCUCAUGUGGCCGGCUACACUGGUUAUCAUUUACAAAAAGAUUUUGGCAUAAAGUUGGCUCGCAUUACAGCUUUAGAUCCUGCUGCUCCCUUGUUUGCUGAAACUGAUCCCAUAGUACGUUUGGAUAGAUCGGAUGCCCACUUUGUGGAUGUCAUACAUACCGAUGGUAAUUUAUUGGGCGGUUUAGGCAUGUAUCAGAGAAUCGGUCAUGUUGACUUUUAUCCCAAUGGUGGCAUGGAUAUGCCUGGCUGUGAUGCCAAAUUACAGGAUUAUAUGCGCAAUCGUCAGAAUUCCAUAUUUGCCAAUAUGCAACAGUUUUUGGGUUGCAAUCACAUUAGAAGUCAUCAAUUCUUUACGGAGAGCAUAAAAAGUAAAUGUCCCUUUAUGGGCAUAACCUGUGAUUCAUUUGAAAGUUUCCAGGAGGGCAAAUGUGCCAGAUGUGAUGAAAAUGGCCAUCAAUGUAUGCGUAUGGGUUAUUACACUAUGGAGGAUUACAAUCAUUUAUUAAAGCACAAAAAGGUGGAUCCCAAAAAGCCUCCUGUAUUCUACUUGAUGACAGGUGAUCAUGCUCCCUAUUGUCGUCACCAUUACAAAAUAUCGGUGCGCGUUUCUGGCCAUGAUGAAAGUACCACUCACGGUGGCGAAAUUGGCACUUUAUCGGUGCGUUUGCAUGGCAAAACCCGCAAAAGAACCACCGAGAAAAUGAAAUUCUCCUCCAAACCCAUGUAUUUUGAACCCGGCUACGAAUACAGUUCCAUGGUGGCGGGCAAAGACAUUAAAGAUCCUGUCUAUGCCAGUGUCUUUUGGGAAUAUCAGACAAGUCUUUUCAAUCCUCUCACCUGGCGUAUUUUAUCAUCACCUAGAAUAUUUAUAUCAAACGUGCAUGUCGAAUCAUUAGAAUCACCUCACACGCAUCUCAAUUUAUGUCCCAUCAGUGAAGAUUCUGCUGUAAUAGCGGGUAGUGAAAAUAUAAUGCAAGAAAAAUACUGCGCGAAUAAGAAAAAUAUGGGGAAUCAAAAUUAAGGGUGGGGAAAUCAGCUACAACCCUAAAACAAAUUGUAAAAGAUUGAGUAAAACAACGAAACUAAAAAAUUAACGAAAACUACUAGUAAGCAGGGACAUAAACCUUACAGGGAAAUUUAUCAAACAUAAAUUACCCAGUUGAGUGUAUAACAAUACCUAAAGGAAAUUUAGCUGAUUCGCAACUCUGCAAAGAAAUUUCCCAAGGUUUAUGAACAAACUUGAACGGGAAUUUAGUGCGGAACUCUACCAGUAGAGAAAUUUAGUGGGUAUCUUUACCUUUGACAGAAAUUUCUCUACACAGUUACCUUUCCGAAUUUCCUUUUUAUUUGUGUUUUGACAACAUUUCAUAAAAUUUCUUUUUUCACUUUUGGCGUUAAUUUGUAUUAACAAAGGUUUAUGUCUUUGCUAUGUUAAAUUACAGUAGUGGCUUUAAUUUUUUUGUUUUGACAGCCAAGAAUAAUUUAAUGUUUAGUUUUUGUUAACAUUUAUUAUUUCUUUUUAUUUUAUUUGGAAAUUAUUCUUGGCAUUCAAUCAAAUCAAUCUUUGUCAAGAGAUGAGUAUUUAUUUUUAUUAUAUUUAUUAAGAAAUCCAAUCAAUGCAUUUUAUUACUAUUAUUAUUUAUACAUUUAUCCUAUUGGCUUAAGAUCAUUUUGUAAAUAUUUCACUUCAUAAAUUAUUCAUUAGUUUUUAUCAAUUUAUUUAUGAAUUAAUAUUUUAAGAAAAAAAAACAUCGAAACAUUAUGUACAACUAAUAAAUAAAUAUAUAUACAUUAAUAUAUAUAAA